CCGUACCAUCUUCUUCCUCAUUCUCAUUCAUAACCAUCUCAUAACCCUCUGUUUUCAGCCACUCACAAUUCAUUCUCUCUCUCUCGUUUCUUCAAUCUUCCAUUUCCACCGGGGGGAAGAUGUCGGCGAAUUCCGCGAUGAGCGGCGGCGGCGGCCUCGCCAUCGCCUUCCCGUCCCUCCUCUCUUCCUCCAGGUCCAAAUUCGCCUCCUCUGUUCCUCUCCCCGCCGUCGCCUCCUCCGGCCGGGUCGUCAUGUCCGCCGAAUGGAUGCCCGGCCAGCCCCGACCCGCCCACCUCGACGGCUCUGCUCCCGGUGACUUCGGGUUCGACCCGCUCGGACUGGGCACCGUCCCGGAGAACCUGGAGCGGUUCAAGGAGUCGGAGCUGAUCCACUGCAGAUGGGCGAUGCUCGCCGUCCCGGGGAUCCUGGUCCCGGAGGCAUUGGGGCUGGGGAACUGGGUGCAGGCGCAGUCGUGGGCGGCGGUGCCGGGCGGUCAGGCGAGCUACUUGGGUCAGCCGGUGCCGUGGGGGACCCUGCCGACGAUACUGGUGAUCGAGUUCUUGUCCAUUGCGUUCGUGGAGCACCAGCGGAGCAUGGAGAAGGACCCGGAGAAGAGAAAGUACCCCGGCGGGGCGUUCGACCCGCUCGGGUUCUCGAAAGACCCGAAAAAGCUCGAGGAGUACAAGCUCAAGGAGAUCAAGAACGGCCGGCUGGCGUUGUUGGCGUUCGUCGGGUUCUGCGUGCAGCAGUCGGCGUACCCGGGGACCGGCCCGCUGGAGAAUUUGGCGACCCAUUUGGCGGAUCCGUGGCACAAGAACAUCGGGGAUGUUGUUAUCCCGUUCAAUUGAAGUGAACUCCUCCGUCGAUCGGAGUUAGCUUAGUUUUGUUUCAGUCGAACCUUGGAUCUCACCCUGUAAAAUUCACAUUGUUUAACCUCUUGUCCGGAAAUUGAAAUAGAAA